UUUUUUUUAAACUAUAGUCCGGCCCUCCAACGGUCUGAGGGACAGUGAACUGGCCCCCUGUUUAAAAAGUUUGAGGACCCCUGAUUUAGGCUAUACAGGAAAGGUAAUUGAUACUGAAUUCUACGGAUGGUGGUUAGAGGGACUUUUUUUUUUAACCCUCACCUGAGGAUAUGUUGAGAAAAGGAGAGAAACAUUGUUGCCUCCCUUAAGCACCCUGAAAGGAGAUCAAACCUGAAACCUAGGUUUGUGCCCUGAUCAGGAAUCAAACCCACAACCUUUUGUGUGUAUGGGAUUAUGCUUCAACCAAUUUAGCCACCCAACCAGGGCUAGGGGGAAGGGAUGUUCUUGAACUAGUAGAGGAUAGUCCUUGGCAAAGUUUUGCCUGAGAUCUAGAAAUCAAGCUUAUUUAGCUGGUAAAGGGUUAAUAACUUUCUAAGCCUAGUGAUGUUUGCAUAUUCCAAAUUCUGUCCUUCACACUCAUUCUAAACACCCAUGGACUUGUGUAUCCAUGUCUGCCUACACAUUUCUAUUACCUUUCUAAAGCCACUUCAGCAUGCCUGUUAUGUUAGUCACACAAUUUACAUAGCUAGACAAAAAUCCAAAUGAAAAACAAGCAGAACAAUUUACACAAGGUUAUAAUUUCACAGUUCACUAAUAUAUUAUCUGCAUUAAAAAGUCAUGGAUUAUUACUUGCAAAUGCAAAGAGCUUUCCGAGGAAAGUGGAAUAACAUUUUGAGCUCACCUAGCAAAGUUGCCAGGUAAAUGCAAAAUGGAAUGCAAUUAUCACCUGUGCAGAGAACAGUCUUAGGACUCUUCCUUAUCGAGUGACCUUAAACUUAAAUGAUUUUAUUCCUGACUGGGAAUGUAUAACGGAAUGAAGUGAAGAGAUAAGCCCAAGAUUCAGCCAAGAAAUGGCUUUUCCCUAGAAAGGUCUGCAUUUAGACUCCAGGAAUGUGAAGUAUUUGUAGCAGAUCACAUUGACAGCUGCUCAACAUAGAUCCCCUGUCUAUUCCUUGAAUUUUAACAGGUAGCAACUGUCUAGCCCAGCCGUGGGCAAACUACGGCCCUCGGGCCGGAUCCGGCCCAUUUGAAAUGAAUAAAACUAAAAAAAAAAAAAAAAGACUGUACCCUCAUUAGUUCACACAAACACUCCAUCCAUGCUUUUGUUCCGGCCCUCCGGUCCAGUUUAAGAACCCAUUGUGGCCCUCGAGUCAAAAAGUUUGCCCACCACUGGGCUAGCCCCUGGGGAAGAACUAUGAUUGUUUUAGUCAGCAAUUCCAGUCUUUUUUGCUAAAUACUUGUAUGAACUUCCAGCUUCUUAGUUCUGGUCAUUGGGAUAUGAGAAAGUCUGCUGGGUUCUUCUGAGGAUUAUUUCACAAUAAGAAAAGACAGGGAGGCCCUCCCUUCCUGCUUGAAUGAGGACUUAAUGUUUGGGGAAGCAGGAGCCAUUUUGUGUCCAAGAAGGAAAGGCCAAGAGAAUCGGAGAGACAACAAAUCAGACCCCUAUCACUGAACUGCUCAAGGACCCCUGGGAGCUAAUAGUUUCAAAAUUGUUCUGUAAAUAGUAACUCUCUUUAUGGGUGCCUUUUCCCCAGUCAGGGAAGAAGGUGCUCUGCUUCAAGUCUUUCCAGUUAAACUGAAGUUUAACAGAAGGGGAUUGCCUUGUGAACAGCCAAAAGUCAGUACAACUGAAAUACGGCAGUUCAUCCCGGGACAUUUCCUGGAACACUAGCUCCUGCGAACAGGUUACUCUCAAAACUAAGCUCCUAACUCUGAUCUCAGGUUCACUCAUCUAUUGACUCAGGGUCGCCUCUGCAGGGUGGAGGAGGGUUCAGGCAUAGCCCGGCGAGAGGCUCCCUGCACUCUCGGGAUAGUGCCUGCAUUUCCAGCGCCUGGGGGCCGUGAAACGCGCAGGUCCCGGGCAGAGAGCGUCAGGCGACGAGGAGUGCGCAAGCCGGCUGCGUUGGUCUCCGGCCCUCCCUGCUCCCGCCCUGUCCGCCACCGCUGGGAGGGUGAGGAAGAGGAGGAGCCUGAGGCGGCCGCUGCGCCCUGGUGUGCGCGGAGUCCUUUAAAAGCCGCCGGCGGUGACAGCUCGGAGGUCCGCCUGGCCCCAGUACCCCGAGUCCUUGCGCUGCCCGCUCGCCAGCCACCCGCUGCGGCAGAGUCCUCGCUGGGUAGGCUUUGUGCUCUGGCGGCCGGACGCGCUCCAUGCGGCCGCCCAGCAUGUCCGGGCACUUUCUGCUCGCGCUCCCAGAGUCCUCCUCCGACUACCUCCUGCCCCGGGACAUCAAACUGGCCGUGCUGGGCGCCGGCCGCGUGGGCAAGAGCGCAAUGAUUGUGCGCUUCCUGACCAAGAGAUUCAUUGGCGAUUAUGAACCGAAUACAGGCAAGUUGUACUCACGGCUUGUGUGUGUCGAGGGAGACCAGCUGUCCCUGCAGAUCCAGGACACCCCCGGGGGGAUCCAGGUCCAAGAUAACCUCAUGCAGGUGGUUGACUCCCUGUCCAAAUGCGUGCAGUGGGCAGAGGGCUUUCUGCUGGUCUAUUCCAUCACAGACUACGACAGCUACCAGUCAAUCCGCCCCCUUUACCAGCACAUCCGGAAGGUCCACCCUGACUCAAAGGCCCCUAUCAUCAUCGUGGGCAACAAGGGGGACCUUCUGCAUGCCCGGCAGGUGCAGACCGAUGAUGGUGUUCAACUAGCCAACGAGCUGGGCAGCCUGUUCCUUGAAAUCUCCACCAGUGAAAACUAUGAAGAUGUCUGUGAUGUGUUUCAGCAUCUCUGCAAAGAAGUGAGCAAGCUGCACGGCCUCAGUGGGGAGAGGAGAAGGGCCUCCAUCAUUCCUCGGCCACGCUCUCCCAACAUGCAGGACCUGAAGAGGCGCUUCAAGCAGGCUCUGUCUCCCAAAGUCAAAGCCCCCUCCUCACUGGGGUAAACUCACCUCAGACAGACUGCCUCCAUUUUAUUGUGCAUUUGUGCAGCUGAAAAGACUGGGGGGGGGGAGGGGAGGUCUCCUUUAUAAUCACACAUUCAGAGUUUAUUUUUAUACAAACUAUUGGUUUGCAAUUGUAUGUGUAUUUCUGAAAAUUCAGUGAUUGCCUAGAAGUUGAAGAGUUGUUUUUUUAAAUAAAACUUUUUUUUUACUGUAACUGCUAGCCACCCUUCCAUUAAAGGCAAAAUGGCAACAUUU